AGCGGCAGAGCAACAUCUCCACUGGACGGCAACAAGAGAGCCACACCAAAGAGGACCGAAAGAAGUCGAUCGCUGCUGAAUUUUGAAAAGCUUCUGCAAGAGCUGCAAGGAAAGCAGAGCACCAGGAUGAAGUACUACCAGUGCCCCGUGUCCCAGACCAUGGGAAUCAAAGCUUACAGCCAGGACUGUGGCGUCCCGGUCCCCUGCAAGGGCUCGUCUUCCCUGAAGCCGAUGCGGAGCGUCCACUUCCCCAACGACGUCGUCUUCCAGGACUGCGUGCGACAGGGCGAGCUGGAGAGGAUCGGGUGUUUCAUGCGGGCCAGAAGAGUCAGCCUUGACACCAUCUACCACUCCGGCAUGGCAGCCAUCCACGAGGCCGUCCUGUCCGGGAACCUGGAGUGCGUGAAGCUGCUCGUCCAGUACGGGGCGGACAUCCACCAGAGGGACGAGGAGGGGUGGACGCCGCUGCACAUGGCCUGCAGCGACGGCUUCCCGCACAUCGCACGCUACCUCCUCUCGCUGGGAGCCGACUACAACCUGGAGAACGACAGCGGGGAGAAGCCGGCCGACCUCAUCGAGCCCGACAACAAGGAGCUGCUGGAGCUGUUCGGGCUGGCUGUGAACGACUGAGGCCGCCUGGGCCCCCCGAAAGCCUCAAAACUCCCCCCUGGAAGCUGACGCACGGUCGUCGUCCGACUGCUCUGUAGGAACGAGCAGCGAAAGGCCACCAUCGAACCAGAUGGUGAUUUUUAAGGAUGUGCGGUGUGAGGAAGGCUGGCAGAGCCGGGUGACUGCCCUCUGAGCUGAGUGAAUGUUGAUGAACUGCAUCCUGUCAGGAUUUAAGCCCUUUUAUACCACGGAGAACUGCGCUAGUAGUUAGCUUUUCUUUAGCUUUAAGUGAGUGGCAUUCUGAAUGAUGUGAAACCAUUGACUUGUUGGUUGAUGACUAGCCUGUCGCAGCCAGACUCAGAAGACACCAGUCUGCCUCCGACAAGCUACAGCACGUUUGGAUUUCAUUGUACGGUUUGUUGUAAACCAGUUCAGCUCCCAAUAGAGAGACAAUAGACCAACAUGUUCACACGAAGCUUUUGCACCCACUGGUUUGCUACAAAUAAUGUAGGUGAACGAUGGUGAACCGUGAACAGACUUGUUUUCUGCCUUGUUGAUAUCUUGUUUUGUGUCUUCUUGCCUGUUUAUCACUUUAACUGUACUCAUUUGUUUUUUUUAAGUGAAUUUUUCUACUAUUUUUUUAAAUAAAGUUCAUAACUUUU